CAGCUUCCUUCCUGCCAGGUCUAUCCAUCUGUCCAUCCAUCCGUGGGGGUUCGCAAUGGCCACCUUCAGCCGCCAGGAAUUUUUCCAGCAACUGCUGCAGGGCUGUCUCCUGCCUACUGCCCAGCAGGGCCUUGAUCAGAUCUGGCUGCUCCUUGCCAUCUGCCUCGCCUGCCGGCUCCUCUGGAAGCUUGGGUUGCCGUCCUACCUGAAGCAUGCGAGCACUGUGGCAGGGGGGUUCUUCAGCCUCUACCACUUCUUCCAGCUGCACAUGGUUUGGGUCGUGCUGCUCAGCCUCUUGUGCUACCUCGUGCUGUUCCUCUGCCGACAUUCCUCCCAUCGCGGCGUCUUCCUCUCGGUCACCAUCCUCAUCUACCUGCUCAUGGGUGAGAUGCACAUGGUGGACACCGUGACAUGGCACAAGAUGCGAGGGGCCCAGAUGAUCGUGGCCAUGAAGGCGGUGUCUCUGGGCUUCGACCUGGACCGGGGCGAGGUGGGUGCAGUACCCUCGCCCAUGGAGUUCAUGGGCUACCUCUACUUCGUGGGCACCAUCGUCUUUGGGCCCUGGAUAUCCUUCCACAGCUACCUACAGGCUGUCCAAGGCCGCCCGCUGAGCCGCCGAUGGCUGCAGAAGGUGGCCCGGAGCCUGGCGUUGGCCCUCCUGUGCCUUGUGCUGUCCACCUGUGUGGGCCCCUACCUCUUCCCAUACUUCAUCCCCCUUGAUGGUGACCGCCUCCUUCGCAACAAGAAACGCAAAGCCAGGGGCACCAUGGUAAGGUGGCUGCGAGCCUACGAGAGUGCUGUCUCCUUCCACUUCAGCAACUAUUUUGUGGGCUUUCUGUCCGAGGCCACGGCCACGUUGGCAGGGGCCGGCUUCACCGAGGAGAAGGAUCACCUGGAAUGGGACCUGACUGUAUCCAAGCCACUGAAUGUGGAGCUGCCCCGGUCCAUGGUGGAAGUUGUCACGAGCUGGAACCUGCCCAUGUCUUAUUGGCUAAAUAACUAUGUUUUCAAGAAUGCUCUCCGCCUGGGGACCUUCUCAGCCGUGCUGGUUACCUAUGCAGCCAGUGCCCUCCUGCACGGCUUCAGCUUCCAUUUGGCUGCGGUGCUGCUGUCCCUGGCGUUUAUCACUUACGUGGAACACGUCCUCCGGAAGCGCCUGGCUCGGAUCCUCAGUGCCUGCGUCUUGUCGAAACGGUGCCCACCAAACUGUUCACACCGGCAUCGCUUGGGCCUGGGGGUGCGAGUCUUAAACCUGCUCUUUGGGGCCCUGGCCAUCUUCCACCUGGCCUACCUGGGCUCCCUGUUUGAUGUCGAUGUGGAUGACACCACAGAGGAGCAGGGCUACGGCAUGGCAUACACUGUCCACAAGUGGUCAGAGCUCAGCUGGGCCAGUCACUGGGUCACUUUUGGAUGUUGGAUCUUCUAUCGUCUCAUAGGCUGAGGCACAUCUGUGGACCCUCAUAGCUCCCUCAAGACCCCUCCUCAGGGUGCCAGCUCUGAUGUGGGAUGAGGGAAGGCCCUAUCUCUAAUUCUUGACCCCUCUCCAUCCUUGACCCCCCCCGACACCCUUACACACACACACACACACACACAAUUUCCAUGCCUGUUGAUCCCCACUCCACCACAAGGCGGGAAGGGGGUGGUCCCUGCUGGGGCCUAGGGGCGGAGGAUGCUUGGGGAAACAGAGAGGGUGAGAUCCAGGGCCUCCCCCGCCUUCCUUCUCCCUUUUUAUAUACAGUUUGUUAUUGUCAAAUAAAAAUAGGAAAG